ACGGAGGCACGACAGCUACGUGAGAGAGGAUGAGCAGCGCCCAGGGGCAGGAGCAUGGACAUGCGGUGGUCGUGUGGGAGUGGGAGAAUCAUCACGGACGUUGGAGGCCCUACAGCCCGGCCGUGUCGCAGCAUCUCGAACGGGCCCAUUAUAAGAAACUCACGCGGGUCUUCCUCAAUGACGCGGAUCCCACCCUCGACAGGUAUUACAUCAACUUGAAGACAAAAACACAAUGCAGCGACGAUGGCGACGAGACGCACAAUGUAAGGAGAAAGUUUUAUCUACCAGGUUCACCAGCCGGCAAAGGUGCCAAGUGGGAAUGGGCAGGUGAUUCAGAUGAUUGGCACACUUAUGAUAUGGAAGUGCAAUGUCUCAUAGAGGAAGCAUGGGCGAGAGGUGACAAAACUAUCGACAUUUCCAAGACCUACUUAGGAUUCCCCUACAUCAUCAACUUCUGCAAUCUGACACAAGUGAGAUGUUGUACGGGCUAUGUGAGGCCGAUAAGACGCAUACAACAGGCGCCUUAUCCACUGGUCAAAGUCGCGCUGGAAGAGUUGCAAGUCACUUCUGGGAGAAGAUCCGCAUCAGUUAUGGUCAAGAGUUCAACCGUCAAGGUUACGCAUAAGAAAUCGUCUAACGGAAGUACAAAGAAAAACAAGAAAGGUAAAAACGGGGAGACGAACGAACCGACGAAUAUCGCGCGCGUUAUUCUUAGUAACUUCAAUAUAUUCAGCAGCAAACAUGGCAUCGAGAACAAUCCCACGGCAACGAAUGUGGAAUCUGGUCAAAAAAGAAAGACCUGGGAUACGGUGCUCGACGUCGAUUCCAGCAGUACUAAGAGUGGUCGCAGACCAAGCGUGGAUACUGUGUCUACAUACUUGAGUCACGAAAAUCCAGUCGAUUUGCUAGAUAGCAGCAUAGGAAGCGACGACGCGGGUUUCAAGGAUUCCAUUCUCGGGAUGGACGCCACGUCCGAUGUGAUAUCCCAGUACGUGAAGGUGGUGGAGAGCGAUGGUUCCGAUUCGUGUCCCGUAUGUCUGGGUGCUCCAGAGCCAUUGACGGUCGAACUGACGCGUUGCAGGCACAGACUGCACUUGGCGUGCUUGAACGCGAUGCUCAGCUGCCAGCAGCCGCCCAUGUACAUACAGUGUCCAGUUUGUCGUAUGAUCUACGGCGAAAAGAGGGGUAAUCAGCCGCCAGGCAUGAUGAACUGGACACGAAUACCGCGGGCAUUACCGGGCUUCCCGAAUACCAAUACCAUACAAAUUACUUAUGACAUUCCAUCCGGAAUUCAGGGUAACGAACAUCCGAAUCCGGGCCAGGCGUAUUACGCCGUGGGCUUCCCCCGGGUAUGCUAUCUGCCAGAUAACACUCUUGGUCGUCGUGUACUGAGACUACUGCAGAUCGCAUUCGAGCGCAGACUAAUUUUCACGAUCGGCCGAUCGGUCACCACUGGUCGCGAAGACGUCGUCACAUGGAACGAGAUUCAUCACAAAACUGAGCUCGGACCUUCUACGUCUGGCCAUGGUUACCCCGACUAUAGUUACCUCGAACGAACGCUUGCGGAACUGGCGGCGCAAGGUGUGACAGAUGGGCAAUCGUCGCCAAUAUAUCAACAACUGCAUUAAUUGCGAUCAUUAAUAUACAAAUGAAGUGCUCAUCUGCAAAAAUGAGCUGAUCCACUGUUAUUUCAGGAAAAGAAAGAGACUCGACUAGUUGAAAUAUUCAUAAAACUUCAGAGUCUUGUUAUUAAGCGCAAUAAAUCUCUUAAUUUUGUAGAUUGACUCAUUUUUGCAUAGCGUAUAAAUAUUCGCGAUAAAUUUAAGGUCUUCAUUAACACUUUGUCAAAUUUUUCAAAUAUAUGUAUACAAAUUUUUUUCGAAAGUACAUGAAUGCGUAUUACCAAAAUAUGAAAAUUAGUUUUUAAAAUUUUUCUCAGUUUCAGUUUAGUAAAUCUUUCAUUGGCAAAGUGUUAAUAUAAACUUACGACUUAGAGAUAAAAACUAGCACGAAGCAUUGGAAAUGUAUAUUCUAAAACAUUAAUUUGAUCUUUAUUCCGUGCUAAGCAAGGAACUGAUAGAUAUAUUGACAAUUAUUGAUAGAUGUAUCCUAGAAAGCUAAAUCUUAGAUUUUUAUCCUCUACUUCCUCAUGUAAUGGGCUUAAGGGUGUAU